GACUGACAACCACGAGACCAACCGUCAUAAGGCUAAAGACACUGCCAGCCAUGUCCUGCCUCUAAAACAAAAAUACAGUUUUUAGCAUUUUAACGCACACACCAGGAGCAGACUUGCUGCUCUGUUUCUACGAACUAAUUUUUUCUAGUGAUAUAAGCGUCGGUUUGUUUUUUUGUUUUUUGUUUUUUAACAAGAAGGAGAGAAAAUGUCUUCCCCCGCGCAGGAGAGGAGCUCUGGCGUUCAGCUUUUGAGCGCGGCGUUGCUGCUGCUCUCGCUCUCCGGCUGUUCAAGCAUGGAUGUGCUCGUGGCUAAUUACAUUAAUGCACUGAAUGGAACAACUGUCAAAAUCCCCUGCACAUUCACUUCCUGCUACAAGAUGGAUAUUACCAAGUUUUCCAUGAACUGGACCUACCAAGAAACACUCAAUGAUACAGAGGAGAUGUUUAUGACUUACUACAAGAAAAAAGGAAUGGUGCCUUUGCGUCCAGAGAGGUUUGGAGACAGGGUCACGUUUGCUGGGAACCUGGAUAAGAAUGAUCUGUCGAUCACCCUAUCAGAUGUUCAGGUGUACGAUGUGGGGAUUUACAAUUGCUAUGUGAAAAACCCCCCAGACCGUAUCCAGGGACAUGGUGUCAUACAGCUUAAUGUCGUCACUGAACUUCCCCCUCCGAGGGAUUCAACCAUUGCAGUUGCGAUUGGGGCGUCAGUGGGCGGAGCAUUGGCUCUGCUGAUCCUUUCCAUGGUAGUAGUGAAAUGUCUUCGUCGACACCGGAAACAGGAACUGAUUUCGGAGGAGAAGAUGGAGGAGGAGGGAAAACUGGAGGCUGAGGGUGUCGCAGAGGAGGGAACCAAACAACCAUAGCUGGGUCAUCUGAGUGAACCCCCAGCGCCUCCUCUGACACGUGCACCCCCCCCCUCCUGAAGAUUUAUAGUAACCACUGCUUGAAUCAUUGUUCACUGAUACUUCCACUCCCUCUGCAUGUGUGUGUGUGCGCGUAUGUUAUUGCACCCAAGUGUGCUUCUCUCUCUGUGUGUGUGUGUGUGUGUGUGUGUGUGUAGUGUAGUGUGUGUACUGAAUGCAUCUAUGUGGGUGUGCAUUAUUCUGUACAUCUGUGUGAGAUGUGUCUUUUUCCUUGAAAUAAGCCAGGGAACACUCUUUCUGGAACAUAACCACUAAGCACAUAUUACUUUAUUCAUAGCUACAAGUCAAUAUCAAUAGCAUUACAAGUCUCAUGAUGAGCAAUGGCAUUUUCAUAGCACACUAUUCAACAGGCUAGGGCUGGGCGGUAUGACCUUAAAUUUAUACCAAGGUACAUUUUGAACAUGGAAUGAUAACAAUAUUGCAGCAUCGCACUGUCUAAUUUUUGCUCUCAUAAUUUAACAGAAUGUAAUUUAAAAUUCAGUCCAGGGCUUUUGGACAAUUACUAUUUAUUGCCUGAAGAACUUCAUUAAUAAACUAUUAAUAAACUCAACAGUGGUUGUGGAGACAGAGCUUCGUACUUGAUGGAACUUAAAAGCCUUUCACACUGCAGAGCAGAUGUUGUGUGUGUUAUCUGUUGUGUGAUGGGAAAUUGUGCCAUUUGCUCCACUGUCUCACAACAGCUGCAGUCCAACUUUGGGAUUUUGUUUUGGGUAAAAAGUUUUGGUUUAACAUACUGUGAAUCCAUUGCCUUAAAGCCACGUCUCUCAACUGUGUGUAGGGGCACCAUGCCUUAUAGAUAGAUGCAGAUAUUGUGUGUGUUAUGUCCUUCCACAGCUGGCUUUUGCCAGUUAAUGUCUACAUGUCUCAGUGGUGUCACUUUGUGUCUGAGCUGGAAAGCAGUCUCUAACAUUCCUCAAGUAUGCAGAAGUUUUUCUAGCAAAAACAGUUUGUUCUGCAUAGUGACUUGUCAUAAUAGAAAAAGUACAGGUACAGCUAAUCACAUUAACCCCUGCUCUGUUCUAUUCACGUGUCCCAGUAAGUCAUGACAUUAGCUGUGUUCAAAAUUGCUCCCUACUCACUACACAGUGCACUUUAUUUACACUUAAACGUUUUCUUUGAGUGUCUGAAUUUUGAGUGUAUAAAAAAAUCCCACAGUGGAACAAAAAAGUAGUGACCAUGGCAUGCACACUGCUUUCUUCUAACAAUCCAGCGAUACAUUGUGUCUCCAUCGGGAUUAAAUGAAAAUUACAGUUACGCAGCAUUAGCUCUGUCAGUGGCAACUUUUUAUUUACAAGUGUCUUUUUAUUUACAGUGAGCCAAUAUGCACAAUUGCAGGGCCCUGACCCCGAAGCAGCUAAAUGAAACAUUAUUAAUUUUGCUAUUUACACUUGUGCUUUUUCUAUUGUGACAUGUCAUAAUGUCUUCUGUGAAAGGGGCAGGUGAAGCAACAUGUUUUCCAAUAAUCUCUUGGUUCUAUGUAUUUUGUUUGUUGUUAUUCACUCAUUCUUGCCAACAUGCAAAAGUGUUCUUUAAGUGUAAAUCGAAAUGAACAGCCACACUGGUUAAUGUGGUGAGUUACAGUGAUGCUUUCAGACCACUUAAUGUGUCUUUACAUUUAAAAUGAAUUCUAUACUAAUGCAAACAGCAAAGCCAAAUCUUUACAUUUCUACAGUUUGUCAUGACAGGUUAUACCGUCCACCCCUAUGAUGGGCACUUGUCCAUCCAGCCUGGCCGUGUAUAAGAGUAAGACAUGUUAGUGCACCUGAUUACAGAGGUUGCAAUGACAGGCCCAGAUUUCAGUUCAGUCCUGCAAGGGUUAAAAUUAGUCUCCCUAUUAGAGCAUACAAUACUUACAACAUGUGUGACUGCAGUACAUUGUACGACCAUUUGCAUACACUUCAUAGGAAAAACAGUGACAGCAUUGAGCUUUCCUUCCCUAUAGUACAAAUAAAGCAGGGAUGAGAGGAGUAUGUGGCUCAAGAUAAAGUGAACUAUUGUUGACUACAGAGGUCAAAAACAUAUCAAAGACAAUUUAAAGUGAAAAACUUAUAUUGCACCCACAAUCAUGUCAUGUAUGUGUCAACCUUUAUUAAUAUUUACUGUAGAAUUGGAUAAAGGUUGCCUAAACAAAGACCUACACACAGAUAAGACAGUUAUAUAAUAACCAUUUCCAUGAUCCAUAUCACACACAGAUAAGAGGCCCACUAAAGACAGUAAUUUAGCAAUACCAAAUAAUCCUAAAUAAAACAUAAGAUGUUUAUAUUCAUUACUGACAGAGAACAGCUGACUGACAAACAUUUGGUUUGGUUAGCGUCUAACUACUAAUCGUAGUUAUCCACCUUAACAGGUAGAAUUUGUUUCUUUGGCAAAUGAAGCAUGUACAAUGUUCUAUACUGCUGUGAACGCAUGUCAAACAGUGCAUAUCAAAAACAAAAAUGUAAUAUAAUAUAGCAAGAAACUUAAUUCUGUUCUGUUUGGUUUCCCAGAAAACCACAAUAAUGUGAGUCAGUCAGAGCAUGUUUAAGCUUCCACUCAGACAGGCAUCAAUAUUAUAGAAUACCUGAUUUUUCAUUUAGAUUUCAUUUUGAUACACGCAUAUAUAUUUGACUUGCAUAUAUAAUUUAUAGACUAUCAGAGGUAUUUGGUUGCACUUUGAUAAGAUUCAACUACUUCCUGUUAAAUAUAAUAUAAAACAGGUUUCCAUAGAGACUAAUCUAAAUCUUUUUUUACCCUAAUUCCAACUAGAGUCCAGCUGGAAACAGUUUUAGAGAUUUUAAAACAUUUAAAACAUUUUAAACUCACCCAUUGCACCUCAAUACAACACAUUUUUAGCGUCUAUUUUAAAGCAGAUUAACAUAUUUAAAAAGUUCUAAAAGAUUUAAAAUUUAUAUCCUAGCUCUGUUUCCAAAGUAAUGCCUUUACCUCAACAGUGGUGUUUAAAACUGUAGAUAUUGUUUUGCACAUUAACACAUUAACACCUAUUCGAAUAUGAUCAUAAUGGAGAGCAUGUGAACAUAAAGGAAAUGAGGAAUAAAUACAAAGCUUACGACCUGACCUCAUCAUGAUGGUAUAUUGGAAUGUGUGGCUGUUAUAAUAGAAAUCUGGCAUGGGGAUUGUAUAGUUAAAGGGGUAAUGUAUCAGUUGUGUACUUAUUUGAUCAUUUAUUUGGUUGGAGCACAUUGAAUGUUAAAAUAUAUACAUAUAUAUUCUCUUAAAAAGAUACUGGAUCACUAUUUAAUGUCAAUUUUACAUGUUUUAGCAUGUGAGCUUUGUUAAUCUCUGAAUGUCCUAUGAUGUUGUAAGUAUAACAGGCCAGGUAUGUCACAAAUUAUGAUGUCUCUGUGCUACCUGUAAUUUUUCAAGCUGUUGUGAUUAGUGCUUCCAAAUCUGGUGGCUGGGACAUUUUUACAUUGUUUUUUUUUUUUUUUUUUUUUUUUUUUUUUUUUUUUACAAAAAAAAAAACUGUGUACAGGUCUAUGUUUAGGCCUAAUUUGUCUUUUUAUGUUUUUUAUCAUUUAUGAUUUUGUAAUCUCUGUUUUCCAAAAUUACAUGUGAUGUAUUGUGUGAUUUCCUGAAAUAUCAAAAGCACAUCUUUGGCCUUCAAAAUAAUAUGAUAUUCACAAAAUUUACGUUAAAGUUAAGCUGAAAUGGCCAUUUAAUACAAUCAUGCUGUGAAGAACAACAAUAAAGUGGUGAUUUAUCGACAUUUUAAAAUAGCUGAGAAAAUUAUUUUAACCACAGAGCUGUUUAGUUGGGAGAGCUCUAAUUCUGUCACAUUUCCUGGGACACUGCUGUCUGUGUGUGAUCAUGCAUGUUUAAGUUGCAGGAUUUGUGUGAUUGACCCAUAAGGUGAUGCCACAUUAACAUUUGGGGCAAAUUUGGUGCAGUUUUUACCAGGAAGAUUUUGUUGGCAAUAGGAGGUCAUAUACAUUACUGUAUAUAGUAUCAACUCUAUUAUUCCAUCUGAAGCAAUUAAACAAAGAAAAACAUUAAUAUCAUACACUAGACAGAUUUAUUAUUGUAUAAUCACUGUUUCCAACCUCUGGCUAUGAAUUUGCCCUGAAUAGUUGCUCUUGUAUCACUUUAAAUGUUAGUGGACACCAAACUAAUGCUUGCACUGUGCUGCCUUUGGAAAAAGCAGCUGUCAUUACAUUAUGUAUUUUAAAUAAAGAUGAUUUAGGAAAAUGUUU